CACACGGGGUUCAGUGCGUUUAAUAAGUAACUCUAAAUGUAAGUCGCGAGGACGCAAUAUGUCGGACAAACCUGAUGCGCAGAGUCGGACGAUAUUGUGGUGCGUUCCCCGAUCUGUCUCCACGGCCCUAGCACGUUGCCUGAGUGCCAUCGAGGACAAUCAGAUAUGGUUCGAACCCUUCUGCUACUGUUACUUUGCCCAGGUGGAGUUCGAGCAAAUCACGGGCAGGAAACUACCCAAGGACAUCCGGGGAAAUGAACAAACCUUCCUGGAGGCAUCGGAUAUCCUACAGAAGUUGACUGCAUCCAAUUUCAGACCCGAUUUCAUAUCGUACCCAUCCAUCAAACGUAUGUUGGAAGAAGCAGACAGUCCACAUGUCUUUGUAAAAGACAUCCCCAAUGGUUACCUGGACGAACUGCGAUUUCUCCCUCGGGGUUACCGACACGCCUUUUUGAUUCGUCAUCCUCUUCGUACGAUCUCGUCCUUUCGGACAUCGGUAUUCCAUCAGCUCCUCGACCAAGGAAAACUCGAUGGCGAGGCGGCCAACGAAGCGACCUUUGACAUCGUGAAGCACAAUCCCUACUACGCUUCCGGAUUCCACUUCAAGGAGGUACACACCAUCUGGAAGUUCGUUCGAGAGAAUAUGGAUCGCUCCCCGAUCGUCAUCGACGGGGACGAUUUAUUGGCGAAUCCUGCCGAUUUGUUGCCGAAGUUUUGCCGAGCUGUCGGACUUCCGUACGAUGAGCGUCUCCUGACUUUUGACCCGUCGAUUGAAUCACUGAACUCUUGGGUCACCGGAGCUGACGAUAUGCUCAUGAAUUUUGUUAAUUUCUACAAGACUGCCAUGACGACGACUCAGUUUAUACCAGCUAAAGAGAUGCCGAGACGUGAUCAGAUGACCCCUGACGUCAUUAGAUGCGUUGACGAGGCCAUGCCAUUCUAUUCAGAGAUGUAUGAAACAAGAAUAAAGCUGUCAUAG